CCUGUAUGUGGAUCUGUGUAGUCACGUAGGGGUGUUAGCUUGGCGACACUUGGCCCUGACAGCUCAGUUCCUCCCUUCAUCUUUGACAGUUACAGAGAGGGAAAAGAAAGCUUGUUUUUGCCGACCUUCAACUGACGUUCGAGGCGUACACUCCUGACCUCUAGGAUGACCCCACUAGCGCUAGCAUGGGCAGCGAUGUGUUUGUGGACCACAGUGUCCAGCCAGCCUCCUGAAAUGACCCUCCAAGUUCUCUACCCCAAGAUCUUUGACAAUGAAACCCUAACCUGCGAUUGCUCCAACGGUUGCAUUGAUGUGUUCUGGUUCCGCAGUGUACACAGCAAAAACGGCUCUGUCUUCCAAUUUCUUGUCCACGCCAACAAGGUAGAGCGAUUGAAGUACAGGUCUGACAUGGCCCCAAAGGAUCAAGAGCGUUACAGGAUCAGUGUGCGAGAUUCUGGGGCCACGGUGGCUUUCUUGCUACGCAUACAUUUUGUGACGGAGAUGGAUGCAGGAUUUUACUUCUGUUUAUUCCGAAAACAGAACACGCCUCAGGAACCAUUGAGAUCUGGGGUUCUGCUGAGGCCUGGAGUAUCUCCUCCAACUCCUCCCCCUGUGACGAAGCCACAGAGGAAAAUCAUUCCAAUUUGCCGCUGUACCAUCAGCAGAAGUAAUCACCCUAAAGGCUGUGGCACCAUGGUCCUCUGGCCCCUGGUCGGAAUACUUCUGGGCCUGGCGGUCGCCCUGAUCUCCACUCUCUACUACUUCAGUCGACUACCAAGAAAGUGCAGGCAUCAGUUUGCCAAGAAGAGGUAGUUGAAUUGAAAAGGAGGGGCUACUCUACAGAUGGGCACAGGUGUGUGUCUGUAUGGACACUUAUAAUGUUGAACUUCAACACAAGAAAGGUCAAUCCCAGGAAACCCACUUUGACUGAAACAUUGAAGAACGCAAUCCACAAUUAUUGCCAACUUAUUUGUCCAGGUUAUGUUUAAAAAAAUAGGUUAUAUUUUUAUACGAUAAAUAUUGUUAGAGAACAGGAUUUUUCCAUUGAAAAAUGUAUUUAACGUUUAUUGACGUCAACUCAUCCAAACACCUGAUUGGGUUCACGUUUGUAGAGGACCCGCCUCAGGACUUCAAUUUGUUCUUCAAUAUGAGGAGAAUUUGACGCAAACUACCAGCUUUUCAUCACUUUCAACAUCUCAACUGCUGAUCCGGCCCAACUCCAAGUUCUUCUUGAUAUGUUUAAUAUUUAGAAUCAAUGCUUAUAAUUUCUAAAGAAAUGCAUGUAUCUCAACAGAACUUGUUUUUGUAUAGCACUGCUGUGUGUAAAAUGUCAUAAUUGAUAAAUAUAUCUAAUUGUAUAUAAUUAUGAACCCUCUCUGCAUGUAUUCUAGCUUAAUGUGGUCCUUGCCAUAAUUUCAUGUAAAUGUACUGUUAUAAUGUUAUCUCUAAUGAACUAAUUUCUCUCAAAACCUCCCACCUUUGAAUUAACUUCAUAAUACUGGUCUUCACCAGGCUCUGGAACUGAAUACAUGUAACAUGCAUGUUAAUUAACAUUAACAUUCAGCUGAAAUAAGAGAUAAUUAGACAUAGAGUUAAAGGAAAAGGUCAACAAAAAGCACAAGGAUCAACGAACAUCUGGGAAAGUGUACAUUAACUACCAUGUAACAACAGAGCAAAGCUAAAAAAAAACUUUGCAAGUAUG